GGCCCGUCCGAGGAUUUGGUUCUAAAUAAAGUAAAUGUAUCCUAAAAAAUGGCCUCUUGGUAAAAUUUACCCUUUUGUCAUACUUUUUUUUCUUUUGUAUAUAAACCAUUCGAUUUCUUUCUAUAUUCUACCAUGUCAAACAUGAAUCCUCAUCAAACUGCUGCUCAAGGCUUUCAAGCUCAAGCUGAUAGCUAUGCCAAAGCAAGACCUAGUUAUCCUCAAGAAGCACUUGCGUUUAUUUCGACUCUGUUGCCUAACUCAACAAAACCACUCAAGGUAUUGGAUCUAGGCGCCGGUACGGGUAUUAUGACAAAACUAUUGGUCGAUACUUGUGGAUUUGAUGUUACUGCUGUGGAACCUGUAGACAAUAUGCGCCUUAAACUGGAAUCCUUAGUACCUCAAGCUACUUCCUUAAAGGGUACUUCUUGGUCUAUUCCUGUUGAGUCUGAAUCUCAAGACAUGAUUGUAUUGGCUCAAUGUUUUCAUUGGUUUGAUGAUCUCAAGAGCUUAAAUGAAAUUCAUCGUGUCUUGAAGCCAGGAGGUGCUUUUGUAUUGAUCUGGAACAUGGAAAGUCAAGAGCGUUCAGACUGGGUAGCCAGCAUUCGAAAAUUAUAUGAAAAGUAUGAUGCUGGUGCUCCUCAAUACAGAAAAGGAGCAUGGAGAAAUGUGUUUGAGACAGAAGAAGCCAAGUCAUUAUAUACUUUACCAUUACAACAUAAGCAAUUCAAAAAUGAUUUCCUCGUCAAGCGCGAACAGAUCUGGUCUCGUAUUUUAAGCAAGAGUUACAUUGCUGUCUUGGAUCAACAAGAAGCAGAUGCUCUGCAUAAACAAAUAGAGACUACUUUAGACAAAUUUGAUUUACCUCCCAGAGGAUCUGACCAAGAUAUUAUGUAUCGUCAUGAUACUGAUUUGUUCUGGUGCUAUAAGAAACCUCUUGAAAACAUCCAAACAUUGUAAAUUAAUAACAAGAAUUCUUUUUUGCAUCAAAAUAAUGGUUUUUGUUUAAUAAGCUUCAGUUUAUCUGUACUAUUUCAAUACAUAAGUGAAGCAUUUACUCGCUUUUUAUUUUGUAUAUGUUGGUUC